AUGAGCAGGAAAGUAGAUGUACAGUUACCAACUCUAGGAAAAAUGAAAGUAUUGUUGAUUGGAGACCAGUCAACUGGAAAAACAUGUUUACUUAACAAAUACUUGGCACCAGAUUCAGGUUUAUCUAAAACUACUCCAACAAUUGGUAUUGACUAUUCAUCUCAGAGAAUUGAUGUUGAUGGAUCACCAACAUACAUUCAUUAUUGGGAUCUUAGCGGCAAUGACUUAUAUACAGAAGUUAGAAAUGAAUUUUAUCCAGAAGCCAAUGGCUUCAUUCUAGUUUUCGAUUUAACAAAUAGACAAUCAUUUGAUAAUCUUCAAAAGUGGAUAGACGAAGGAGUAAAAUAUAAUGCUGAUUGGUUGACGAGUGUUUUGAUAGGAACCAAAUCUGAUGGAUCAGUGGCAGUUACUAAUGAUGAAGCCGGAAAAUGGGCAACAAAGCACGGAAUUAAAUUUUUUGCAACAUCCGCGAAAACUGGUCAAAACAUUCAGGAUGCGUUUAAAUCCUUACUUUCAUUGAUUAAGAAGAAGCAAGGCUAA